GUAUGUACAUGCACCAUACGCUAGUACCAAACAAUACUGAUCCAACCAUUCCAACCGCCAACGUUUGCGUCCGCCGUCCAGUUCAGUCCGAUUGUCCGAUUGCCAUCUGAUCGAUCAGUUUUAAGGUCCGAGUGACUUUUGCGCCGAAAACAUGACAACGGCGGCAAGACCGACCUUCGAGCCUGCUCGAGGAGGGCAAGGACGAGGAGAGAAGGAUCUGAGUGCAAUCUCGAAGCAGUACAGCAGCAGGGAUUUGCCGUCGCACACGAAGCUGAAGUAUAGGGAACAUGGUCAAGGAACAAUCGAGGAAUUGCGAAACCGAGAUUUCAGGAAGGAAUUGGAGGAAAGAGAGCGUACAGACAAGGAUAAAGGAUCAGGCCGUCGUGCCAUUGAACCUUCCAGAGAAUCGACUACGUCCAGUACGAAGAGGCAAAAGUUAGACCAAGUUCCUGCUGCCAGCCUAGAUGCGGAUGAUCCACUCGAUGAGGACGAGUCAGAUUCUGAUAGCGAAGAAGACGACACUGCUGCGCUCAUGGCCGAACUUCAGAGGAUUAAGAAAGAGCGAGCGGCAGAACAAGCUAAGAAAGAAAUGGAGAAACGUCAAGAGGAGGAAAGAAUACGCAUGGAAAAUAUUCUUUCGGGAAAUCCUCUGUUGAAUUAUUCUUCGCAGAGUGGAAGAGUGGACAUGAAAGUACGAAGACGAUGGGAUGACGACGUCGUCUUUAAAAAUUGCGCACGUUCCGAACCGAAAAAGAAACACGACGUCUUUAUUAACGAUUCCCUGCGAAGUGAAUUCCAUCGCAAAUUUAUGGAGAAGUAUGUUAAGUAAUUUAUUGAUUAUGAGUAUCAGCGUUGUAAAUAAUUUUUUUAUGCAUUAUUGAAUAAAAGUGUAUUUCCUCUCAUCUA